CUUGUUCUUCAUUCAAAGCCUGUGCCCACAGCACUGGCUCAGGUUGAUCGAGAGAAGAUUUAUCAGUGGAUUAAUGAGCUUUCCAGCCCCGAGACUCGUGAAAAUGCCCUGCUGGAGCUUAGUAAGAAGCGCGAGUCAGUCCCUGAUCUAGCUCCAAUGCUGUGGCACUCCUUUGGCACAAUCGCAGCACUCUUACAGGAAAUUGUAAAUAUCUACCCAUCUAUAAAUCCACCAACUUUGACAGCUCACCAGUCCAACAGAGUCUGCAAUGCUCUGGCGCUCCUGCAGUGUGUUGCAUCCCAUCCAGAAACCAGGUCAGCCUUCCUUGCUGCUCACAUCCCCCUUUUCUUGUAUCCCUUCUUGCAUACUGUUAGCAAGACUCGCCCCUUUGAGUAUCUGCGACUUACCAGUCUUGGAGUAAUUGGGGCCCUGGUGAAGACAGAUGAGCAAGAAGUAAUCAACUUCUUACUGACAACGGAAAUUAUCCCUUUGUGCUUACGCAUCAUGGAGUCUGGCAGCGAACUUUCCAAAACGGUUGCAACUUUUAUUCUACAGAAGAUCCUGUUGGAUGAUACAGGGCUGGCCUACAUCUGUCAGACUUAUGAGCGAUUUUCUCACGUUGCAAUGAUAUUGGGUAAAAUGGUCCUGCAACUUUCCAAGGAGCCUUCUGCCCGGCUGCUGAAACAUGUGGUCCGUUGCUACCUUCGCCUUUCUGAUAAUCCAAGGGCACGGGAAGCCCUCAGGCAGUGCCUUCCUGACCAGCUGAAAGACACCACUUUUGCCCAAGUUCUGAAAGAUGACACCACCACCAAGCGUUGGCUGGCCCAGCUGGUCAAGAAUCUGCAGGAAGGCCAAGUCACUGACCCUAGGGGCAUUCCCCUUCCUUCACAGUGACAACCAAGGAGGCGACAGAAUCCAGGAGGAAACAGCUCAGGUUUACAGAGAGCCAGGAACCAAUGACCUCUUCCAGAUCCUGUCAGGCAUGGGUGGGCAGCUCCUUGGACUGUCAGCAGCCAUCUGGACGGCAGCCCAUUCUAUAGCAACUUUUCACCAUGCCUCUGAGGAUUAUGACACCAGCAAACACAGUUGGGACACGGAAGCCCUUUUCUCGAGUGUGGGUUUCAUCGCAAUCAUCAGUUGAGCACCAAAUUUGGCAGGACCUCUGACAACAGCAUGUCUCCCUGUCUGGUUCAGCGUGGCAGGCUUGGGAAGUGUUCCUCAGUUUCCUUGUUAUUCAGUGUUUACAUGUGAGUUUAAUAAAGGUUGGUCUGGUCAUUUGACCCUCUUAGGAGUACCUUUUGAGCUACACCUAGCCUAAACAGAAGGCCUGUUUACCUCUUU